GCUGGACGCCGGGGAAGCGCUCCGACUCCGUGAACCUGGACCAGGUUUCAUUAUUGUCAAAUGCCGACACUCUUAACGUGUAUUCACGCGUUUUCACUCGCGUGUGCUGGCAAUCACGUGGUUGAAGCCUUCCGUAUGAAGAAGACAAGGAUCACGCGGUAGCAGACGAUGCCGUUUCCACGAUUUAGGAAUCAUCCGAUCAUCAUUAGUAGAGUAGUAGGGCACAAAACCGACAAAACUACCGUUGCUACCGUGAACACGAUAUGGCUGAUCCAGCUGAUCACGACAGUGGAAAGAAGGACAGUAGAGCACAAGUACCUCGUCGUUGCACGGCCAUAGGAUGUAGAAAUAUCUCACGUGGAAGUAGGCAUUCCUUCUUCCGAUUUCCCGUCGAUGAACGAAAAUCAGCAUGGAUUGAGUAUGCGCAACGCCCUGAGCUGAAUGACUUGACAGACACUGCACUCACUAGUAGGCUGUUGUGCGGCGAGCACUUCGCGCAGGACUGCUUCGUCUCUCGUGCCAGAGUUCGGCUGAAGAGAAACGCUUGCCCGACAGUUCCACUACCAGAACAAGCCAGCGCUCCACCGCAAGCUCGACUGCCUGGACUACUCGCGCUUGAUUAUGAUAAGUCCCAUCAGUCACAAAAACAAGUACAGGGAUCUCCUGGCAUAUCAGAGGUACCUGUGGUACAUGGGGAACCUGUUCUGGGAUCAUCUGAUGUCGCUGACACACAGUCCAAGGCACCCGUGCUGGAUCCCGACUCAGUGGGUUCGUCUGUGAACAAGAGCCACGUCAUCAUGGACAGAGCGUCGGAGAAUUCCUCGCCGGGUGAACAGAAAGACUCCAGGAACCCGCCAUCCUCGAGGGCAGCAAGUACCGUGCCUCGGAUCGACCUCACACAGCUCGAAGAUGUUUCGAAGGACGUCGUAAUCCCCAACAUCUUGGCAUCUCUUCCGCCCGCCCUGGCGUCCAUGGUCGCAAAUUCGGCCUGCAAGAUCCAAGCCUUCAGAGCGCCGCAGUCAACUGUUCAGCUCGUCAUCCCCAAAUCAUCCUCGGUGUUCACGACGGCAGCCACAACGUCACACCCUCAGGACUCUACUCUACUGCCGGGCUGCAAAGGAACCCACCUGUUCCGACUGAUUUGUUCCAACCCCACCGUACCCCCAGUCGACAAAGUAUCGCAGCAGACGUUGUUCCAGCUGCCGGUCGAAGCAGCGCAGGAGCACAAGAGUCCCCUUCCUAGAACCGAGCACGCCUACGUGACCAAGGUGGACGUGAAAACCGUGCUGGAAAAGAUAGAUAAAGCGGUGGAGAGCGUCAACAAGAAAAAUCGGAAGGUCCAGGCAUCGAGGCAUUGUGUCAGAAAAGAGUACCUGAAAAUGAAGAACUACUUGAAACACUUGAACGAACUGCGUAAGGCAAAAGGGAUGCCGAUCAUUAUGCUCCAGGAGGAUUUGAAAGACGCCAAAAUAGUGAGGGCCGACGACGCCAUUGGAGAUAACGGGAGAGAAGUGGCGGAUAACGACGUCGGUGCGAGCUUGGACGUGACAGAAAGUGCUGGCGUUGCUAAAACUGCCGGGAUUACCGAAGGCGUUAAAGAUAACGGGAGGGAAGUGACUGAUAAUGACGUUAAUGCGAGCUUGGACGUGACAGAAAGUGUUGACGUGAACGAAAGUGUAAUUGAAGACUUUGCAGUUUAUGACGACAGUGUCAUGGAAAUGGACUACCAGGUGGUUCUGUAGCCUUUAAAAAACACUAUUUUGUGACACGAACGCUCUAUCUAUUUUUUGGCUGCAAUACAUACUUUGCACAUU